AUGGACACUCUUAAUGAAUAUCACAUAACCAAACAAACAAAAUCACUAGCUGUAUCCAAGUCGGCUUCAAAAGUUACAGAAAAACCAUCUGUUCGCAUCACAAAAGUCACAGCACCAUCUUCGACUAAACAACGAAGUGGCAAAUCUGGUGAUACGAAAAUAUCCGUUAAUAUUACUAAAGCACAAAACAAAACACCUACCGGGCCAUCUACUCAAAAUAUACCUCACCCGGGUGUAGCAAAAUCAGCAACAACAAUCAAAGCGCAGUCGAAACAAAAGGCGAAAGGUAAAAUAGUUCAGUAGAUCGAGAUUGUGUAAGCAGUCUUUUUAUAUUCCAGUAGGGGUCGCAUCUGAAAUCGCUUAUAGCUGCAAUGUAAAUUAUAAUUCCUGAUCAUAUAGUGUUCCUUCCCCUAUCUAUAGCUGAACAACAAUGUCUAUCUGUUUUUUUCUCACUGUAGAUUCUCAGAAACCGACGACAACGAAAAACUGAAUAAAACAGCCAG